AUGAAGUUUUACAACAUCCUGCUGCUGGCAUCGGCAGUACAUGCAUCCAUUGUCCCUCCGACCGAGGAAAGUGACGGCGCUCAAUGUGUGGGCCUCAAUCUCGAUGUGGGUCGGCUCGUGGAUGUUACCAAGAACGACCUCAAUACUGCCACUGGAUCUCUAGGGGAAGGCCGAUCCUACGGAGUCAACACCAUUGUACCCGUCACGAAAUUCGGGACCACUUCAGAAUGCAUCUUGCAGCGACAUCGAUUGCAGGAAACCAAAGAGAAAAUACCAGUGUUUGGGGCCGAUGUGCUGGUCACGGUGGAAGCAUGUCGAGAAUCCGAUCAAACAGCCUACGGUGACGGAAGUUUCGAUGAUGUUCCGCUCUCCGGAAUCCCCUUUUCCGCCAUUUCCGGGCUCGAGGGCAAGUCAUAUGCAUUUAUUGACGUCGAAUCGGGGUACAAUCCCUCUUAUUCGGUAGCACAGGCAAGGACUGCCUUGAGCGAAUUCUUUGAAACUCCCGAGGAUAAGAUUGGAGAUUUGGAAGUGGUGAUCUUUCCUUCCUUUGAAGAAGGAGACAAGUUGUCGUACAAGGGAGAAGUGUGGGUGUCCAGUAGUACCGGUGCUGGAACCGAUAUUGAACUGUACGACGUAUUUCUAAACGCACACACUUUGGAACCCCUGCAAGUCUGCAGCAAAAUCAAUAGAAGGCGCUUUGAAAAGAUUCGCAAGCUUCGAAAGAAGGCUGAACGAAAACAAGACAAUCGCCUGCUGAGCAAGUGUGGUUCGUGUGCAGACCAAUCCUCAGUAACUUGGUCGAACGAGGAGGCCUCCUGUCCCAUCAAUUCCUUGUAUUUGAACAAUGAAGGUCGUACUACCACUUGUCUCAAAGGAACCAAGGACGAUGGGACCGAAGUUCUUGGCCCUGGAACUAUUGCUGCUCUACAUUACGCCGGAACCUAUGAUUGCAACAGUGAAGAGUCGGGUUGCAAGGCCCUUGCCAUUCCCGAUUGCGCUGAUGCUAGUAGUGACGUACACUACGGAGUUACCGAAACCAUGAAAUUCCUGCAGGAGUAUUUGGGAGUCAUGGGCGGUUUGAGGGUUUCUGGGGCGAAUCCUCGAACUACAGCAGCAUUUACUCAUUUCGGAGAAGACUAUUGCAACGCUUUCUUUACCACUCAAACCAAUGCUGUGUAUUUCGGUGAUUGCGAUUGCAAGUUCUGGAACCCACUCGCAAGUAUGGACGUGGCUGCUCACGAGCUCUCCCAUGGUAUCACGGCUUACUCAAGCGGCCUGGUCUACCAGUAUCAGUCUGGUGGCUUGAAUGAGGGAUUCUCUGAUAUCGUCGGAGCAACGAUGGAGUUCUACAUCAACGAUGACAAGGACACGCCUGAUUACGAUCUCGGGGAGAACUUUCUCGACGAGGGCAUGGAUGGAUUCGUUCUUCGUCACAUGGAGAAUCCCACAGCGGAUGGAAAGUCUAUUGACCACGUUUGCCAAUACACGAACAAACUGAACGUCCACUACACCAGCGGAGUACCCAACAAGGCUUUUGUAAACGCAGUGCGUUUUUGUGUGAGUCACAGCUGCAGCAAUUCCGAGAGGGAAUGUGUUUUGUUGCUGGGUCCCAUAUUUAUGUACGCGAACAUCCACAUGAUGCAAAGACUGGGCGGAUACAUGGAUGCGGCGACGGCGACCUGCCAUGCCGCACACGAAUACUACACUGUGAAGAGUCCACAAACAGCAUGCACGCCGGAUGAUGCCCGUGACUUUGUCAAGGGAGGCUGGUGGGAAGUUGGAUUGGCUCUGGAUGAUAACUGUGUAGCAACGUCUCCUGAGUGUAUCAUUCCAGGGCCGCCUACAAACAGCAACAGCGGCCUUUUCCCGUGCCUACAGGUUCUUCAAAUUGCGAGGAAAAGAGUCACGUCUGCUUGGUCAUGGCUUACUGACUUGAGUCCUUUCAACUAG